AUGAGAGGAAGUUGAAGGAAGUCACCUACAAUCGGUCAAUCUGGGAACUGUUAGCUAGUUUGACUAAACCUCAUGGGGCAAACUCUCAGUGUGAAUUAAGCUUAAAAUGCUAACUUGCUGAUAUAUGAUAAGAGGUGGUUUUGACAUUGGUCUCCUAGUGGACUGUUUAAUUGAAAGCAAUCCAGUCCUGCUUACACAAGACUGGUCAGUGGUAUUCAAACUACGAGCAGCUUAUACCGAAAAUCUUUUCCCCUGCUGACAGAGUCUGCAUAUUCAUAUGCAGAUAUCUGUUUAUAAAGACUAACGAUGGACUCUGACGACUCCUAUGUUCUGCUCUCUGAAGAGCAACUCAUCUACAUCAUCACCAUUCCCCUGUCGACCUCCAUCAUCCUGGCCAACCUCGUCAUCAUCUUGGGCAUCUCCUGGAACCGCCAACUCCACAACACGCCCAACUACUUCUUCCUCAGCCUGUUAGUAGCCGACUUGUGUACGGGCGUGGCUCUGCCGUUCAUACCGCUGAUGGGUCUAAACAGGCAUUUAAGUUUUAGCUCCUGUCUGGUGGCUCACGUGUUCCCAAAUUUCCUCUUCUUGGCGUUCCUCUUCAACCUGGUAAUGGUUCACUAUGAGCGCUACAUAUGCAUUAUUGACCCCUUGCAUUACAGUAACCUGUGGAUGCAUCGCAGUUUUCCCUUAACGCUGCUUGUGGUGUGGACUCCGGCACUUUUGUAUGCAUCUCUACCUGCCUUUGGCUGGAAUAACUGGACAGGGUCCGAUUUUAACAGUUGCUGCGAAAGUACCCAAAAUUUAACGGCAUUUUCAAACUGCUUAGCAAAUACAACCAGCUGUUGCUCGUACAGGAGGGUGUUCCCCAAUGCAUUUAUCUUCCUGGAGGUGUAUGGACUUGUUUUACCUGCUAUUCUGGCCAUCGCCGCCAUGACCGGCCAUGUUUUGUGGAUCACCCGAGGCCAGCUGAAGGACAUAUGCCGCCUCCAUCGUUCGGUGGAGCGAGGAAGUCAGGCCUCUGACCAGGAGCAAAAGCUGAACCUGCGGUACACGCGCUGCGUGGUAGCAGUGUCGCUGACUUUUCUCGCCUGCUGGGUUCCCUACCUCAUUUACAUGCAUGUCUCCAUAGCACUGGUGGUCAGCGACCCCAAGCGGAGUUCUACCACUCACAUUGUGCUGUCCUGCACUGGUAUUGGAAGCAUGGCUGUAGUGCCGAUUGUGCUGGGCUUGGCCAACAGGCAAUACACAGAACCUGCGUUAAAACUUCUCCAGAAACUCAGAGACAGGUGGAGGCCAAGGACACAGGCAUCAGAGGAAGCCACAGUCUGAAAUGAUACUGGUUUAUCUAAAUAUUUAUGAAUAUAUUCUACAGAAAGCUGAAAGAGAAAUAAGAAAUAUGGCUCUACAGCAGAAAACCCCCCCACAUCUACUAGAGGGCGAUCGUGGC